UGACUGUCACAGGGACCAACUAAUAAGAGGUUAUAAUUCAUUGGAAUUGUUGUGAUUGUAUGUUUGUCUGUACAGUUAUGGCUGUCCUGUUAUUAUUUUGUGUCUUGAUCAAUAAUGAGUAGCUAAACCAUAUCGACUUUUGGACACUGAUGCGCAGGAGAACCCCUAGCUGUCAAUCAAGCAGGCGCGGUGAACGGAUUAUGACGCUCAAGCGUUCCAAAUGACGCAACAAUACAGUUCCAGAACAGAGAAAGUUAAUGCCGAAGAUGUUGUUCGGUUCCACACUAAAACUGCUGUUUGACAAGUGUGAUUUGAGAAAUAAAACUUGUAGACCUUUCCUGCAGUCUCUGAGGAGAUGGACACCUCUUCUUCUUCUGGACGAUCUCCGUCUCCUACUGGGACUGUCUUCUUACCCCCUCCUAUCAUGUGGAACAGUCUCUACAAGCAGGCAGAGAUGGAGGUUCAGUUCCUGAGGGAAGAGAAGAAGACCUGUACAGAGAAGGAAGCCCACAUGCUUGAGUUGAGGGGGAAGGAUCGAACGAUCCGAAAUCAGAAGAAGGAGAUGGACAGACUUCAAGUGUGCCUCUGGGAGGAGGAAAAGAAGAAGAGGAAUGGUGGAACGGAGAAGGACAAGAUGAUUGAACAAUUACAGUCUGAGACAGACCAUCUCAGAGCCCUUUUGAAAGAUGAAAGGAGGAGAAGAAGAGUAGAAAGGGGUAUUAUGAAAGAGUGGAAGGCUGAGAUCCUGAGACUGAGGGAGGCAGAGAGCCACAGGGAGGUAGAGAGACAGAGAGAAGCAGAGAGAAGCAGCGAGACAGAGAGAAGCAGAGAGGCAGAGAGAGCCACAGAAUGGGAGAACCAGAGACAAAUGCUGGAGAUCAACAGACUCAAACAACUGCUGGAGCUGCUGAUGGUGGACCUACAACUGGCCCACGUAAGACAUGUCAUUGUUAUUAUUAAAAGGCAGUGUAUAUUCACCCGGCUGAAAAUGAAUGGCAGCAGUAUGCUAACCCAAUGUUAACUUUUAUGCCUUUCCUAAACGUUAACCCUUACCUUAACCUCACUGAAACUAUACCUAACCUUUACCAUAACCCAACCCUAGGUCCUAAACCUAACCUUCAUUUAUCUCAACCCCUACGCCUUUCUUCUGCCGGUUGAAUAUCCACUUCCUUAUUAACGUCAUUACUGUUGUUGUUGUUGACAACUGUAUCUGUGCAGGUUGUAAAUAAUUGCAUUAGUGAAACAUCAUUUGUAGGAGUAAUUUCUACAAGCAUAAACAUCAGAGGCAACAUUAAAUUGCAACGGGAAUUUCUCAAACCCCUAACUGAAUGGGCAAGCUAGAACUGUGUGUUUGUAUUUGUACACAUUUUGGACAUAAUUGAUUCCAUAAAAUGUCUCAUAAUUUUUUCAAACCAUGUCAAUACAUUAAUUGACAAUGAAUUGUCCAGAUGAAUUGAUCAAAAUGACCCUGCUAUUGAUGUUGUUCAGUGUUUGAUUCAAUUACCUAGGUCUAAGUUGUAUUUCUAUGUAUCAUUCUCUGCAAAUGCUUUGAAAGUAUGUCUUGGUCAUAGAUUAUCACUAAUUUAACCUUUUCAAUUUAAGCAAGAGAUAGAGAGAUUGAGGCUAUGGCAGAAAGUCAUGGAGGAUCAGCGACCAAGACUGGCCUGGAACAACAAACCUAUUGAGACAGAAAGAGAGAGGGAAAGAGAGAGGGAAAGAGAGAAAGAAAGGGAGAUGGAAAGGGAGAGAAAAGCAGAAUUGGAAAGACAAGAAAUGAAGAAGAAAGUGAAACAGGCAGAAGAAACGAUAAAAGUGUUAGAAGGAGAGAUUGAGAGAUUGAAAGAGACUGAAAAGGAAAUCAUAUUUGAAAGAGAAAGACACAUGCGUAUUGCAGAGAAUGAGAAAGUCAAACUGGUUAAUGGAAAGGUGAAAGAGUUAGAGAGAGAGGUUGAGAGACUGAAAGAAGAUAUGACAAAAAAAGAGAUUCAAUACAAAAUCAAAUUUGAAAGAGCGAAAGAAGCGUAUAGAAGACAGAAUGAGAGAGUGAAACAGGUUAACCAAAAUGUACUAGUGUUAGACAGAGAGGUUGCGAGAAUGAAAGAAGAGAUUAGAUUGAAAGACGAGACUGAACCAGAGAGAACAUUUGAUAGAGACAGAGAGAGAGAAAAUGAUUGGAGACGAAGUGAAGAGGAGAUGAAAAAUAGAGUGGAGAGAGAGAUGGAGAUGGAGACAGCCCUCAAUGACAAAAAGAUGUCUGAAUUGGAGGAAGUCUUCAAUAAAAUCAAGGAACAGCUGAUAGAAUUAGAAAAUAUGGAAACAGACAAAUAUAAAUGGAAACAGAACCAAAUGGACAUGGAGGAGAAGAUGGAGGGUGAGAACAACAAACAGAAAGAGGUAGAAAGAAAGAGAAUGGAGAAAAUACCAAAAC